CAAACUGCCAAGGUGCGGGUGUAUUCAUUCCUCCAAAGUCUCUGCCUAAAAGUAAAAUACAGUGUUCAUCCGCUUGCGUGUGCUGCGUGAGGUCGAUUUUCCACGAGUGAUAUUUUCUUCUAAAGGCAAAAUUUCUUGAACUAUUAAAAAUGUUUGCCCGUACUCUGAAAUCUGUGGCCACUCAGGGAGCUAAGAACUUCUCUACAUCUAGCCAGAACAAUGUCAAAGUGGCCGUGUGCGGUGCUUCCGGUGGUAUUGGCCAGCCGUUGUCGUUGCUGCUAAAGCAGAGCUCACUAGUGACGGAACUGUCCCUUUACGACAUUGUCCACACGCCCGGAGUGGCUGCCGAUUUGUCUCACAUUGAAACCCACUCGAAGGUCACGGGCUACAAUGGCGCGGAAAAUCUGGAGAAGGCUCUGGCUAACGCCGACAUCGUUAUCAUUCCGGCCGGAGUUCCCCGCAAGCCCGGCAUGACACGUGAUGACCUGUUCAACACCAAUGCGUCGAUCGUGCGCGAUUUGGCUGCCGGAUGUGCCAAGGCAUGCCCCAAGGCUCUGAUCGGUAUUAUUUCCAACCCGGUCAACUCGACGGUGCCGAUUGCCUGCGAGACCCUCGCUAAGGCUGGUGUGCUCGACGUGAAGCGCGUGUUUGGUGUGUCCACUUUGGACAUUGUUCGCGCCAAUACAUUCAUCGGUGAAGCGUCCGGAGUCGAUCCGCAGAAGGUCAACAUUCCGGUCAUUGGAGGUCACUCCGGAGUAACAAUCAUUCCGGUUCUGUCGCAGGCCACUCCCUCGGUUAGCUUCCCCCAGGACAAGAUUUCCGCGCUGACCGAACGUAUCCAGGAGGCCGGUACUGAAGUUGUGAAGGCUAAGGCCGGAGCCGGCUCGGCCACUCUGUCGAUGGCCUAUGCCGGAGCCCGCUUCGCUCUGGCCUUGGCCCGUGCCAUCAAGGGCGAACAGAACGUAGUGGAAUGCGCUUAUGUCCGCUCGGACGUAACUGAAGCCAAAUACUUCUCCACUCCGCUGUUGCUGGGCAAGAACGGACUCGAGAAGAACCUGGGACUACCCAAGCUCAAUGCUUUCGAACAGGACCUGCUCAAGAAGGCCUUACCAGAGCUGAAGAAAAACAUUCAGAAGGGUGAAGACUUCGUCAACAAGAAGUAAAGCAAUUCAAAGUCAAUCGAAAAGGUGGCACUCUAAACAAUCGAUAAAUAUUUAUUAAGUACAACAACUACAGUGCAUUUGGCGAGCUACCUUAAAAAUCUAUCAUUUCUUGAUAAAUUUACUACCGAUUAUAAGUAUAAGUCCUUCUCUAGAGGAGACAAAAAUUCAUUACUCAAUAAUCGAUAUUGUCCUAUCUAAUAGAAAAAAAGAUCACUUCCAAAGAAAAGCAAAUCGUAGUCAAACCGAAAACAAAAUCUAGAAUGAAAUUCACAAAUAAAGUAGGACGAUUGUAUGAUGGAAAAUUAA